CUCUAGCCCCUCCCCCUCAUCCCUCAGCAUCACCGCACCAUCCUCCGCUGUCCUCCUCCUCCUCCUCCUCCCCCCUCAGCUCUGGACCACACAUUGACCCCGUCGAACAGCUGAGCCCGGGCCGGAUCAUGGACGACGUCCCCCCGAUCAUCAACAUCUCCAUCUCCCUGAAGAUCCAGCCCAACGAGGGGCCCGUCUUCUUCAAGGUGGAUGGGACCCGCUUCGGCCAGAGCAGGACCAUCAAGCUGCUCACAGGCUCCAAAUACAAGAUCGAGGUGGUGAUGAAGCCUGGAAACGUCGAGGCCACCAACAUGAACAUUGGGGGCAUCGUCUUCCCUCUGGAUCAGCAGUCCAGAGACGAGGAGUCGGUGGUGUAUCACGCCCAGUACGACACCGAGGGCGUCCCGCACACCAAGAGCGGAGACCGGCAGCCUGUGCAAGUCAGCAUGGAGUUUAAAAAGGCGGGGACAUUCGAGACGGUCUGGCAGGCCAAGUACUACAACUACUACAAAAGGGAGCACUGCCAGUUCGGCAACAAAUUCACCAGCAUCGAGUACGAGUGCAAGCCCAACGAGACGAGGACCCUCAUGUGGAUCAACAAGGAGGCGUUCAACUGAGUCCGCUCGUCCUCGCCCGCGUCCCAUUGACAAACGCAGAGGACGCCAGAUUGCAGCAGGACGACGGCGGACACAUCAGCAUCACAGAAAAGGACAGCCUUAUCUUACAGGCGAGGGG